AUGUGUUCUAAUUGCGGGUUUAUCACUCAUUUACAUUCAUCACUACAAAUACAGAAUACUAGACGUCGGGAAAUUAAUAUUCGAUUAGAAAUUGGUGACAUUUUGUGUAAUUUAAGUCGUGGUGGUACAAGGAAAUUUUUAGGCGCUUUAAAUCUACCACCACCAGUUCAAGAACAAAGAUAUGGUGAAGCACAAGAAUUUAUCUUGCAUCAUGUAACAAAAGCUCAAGAAGAAUCAAUGACUGCUGCUGUUGAAGAAGUAAUCGUCGAAGUGGGUGAUGCACGAGAGCUAACAGUGAGUGAAGAUGGUGCAUGGCUUACACAAGGUUAUUCAAGUGUUCAUGAGAUUGCAGCUUUAUGUUCAACAAUAAGCCAUCCAAAGAGUGAUAAUGAAAGUUUUCACACUGUAAGUGAAGAAAAUUUUGAUGAUAUCUCACAUAAUUUAACCGUAAUUGAACAAAUGGAAAGUGAUCAAGAUGAAUAUGAUGAUAAUAAUGACUAUGAACCAGGAGGUGAUAAUUGA